AUGGGUGGGAGCAAGGGCAAAGCGUCCCAGCGCCAGGAGGGCCCCAGGAGGCCGGUCGCAGGGGAACAAGAGUCCCGGUCGGGCAGCGCCCACUGCGCGCCCAGCCAGGAAAGCGGACAGGGUCGCGGUAAGGCCCGAAGGACCAGACCGGUCUUGGAACCGGUCACUGCGGGAAGCCACAGGACCCACGCUGGCCGCCGGAAGCCCACCGCAGAGCAGAAGGGCGGCUGCAGACGGUCAGGGGCUGGGCCGCCAGCAGAGGCCCAGGGGAGACUAGGCAGUGCGCGGCGUCGGGGACGCGGAUCUAAGGAGAGCCGCGAGCCCCGGGAGGACCGUGGCGGGCGCCUGGAGGAAGAGAGUCUCUCCCGAGAAGGGACAACGAGUGAGCUCUGCCGCCGCAGGAGGAGAGGAAAAGGGCGGGGACCCUCGGCUCGGCAGGGCUGCCGGGAGACUCGGAGCCUGCAUGGGGACACGUCGGGUGGAGACGGGGGCAGCUCUUGCCCGGACAGCGAAGCCCGCGAGGCCCAGGAGAGCGACAGCCAGAGCACUGGGGCCCCAGAGCUGCGACCCAAGCCGGAGCAAAAGGACACGGUCCCGGGAGACACCCAAACCGAGUCGGAGCCAGAGCUGGAACCCGGCGAACGCCCCAGCAGCGACGGCGGGGGUAGCGCUGAACUCCGGAGCCGGGAAGGGUCGUCGGGGGUGGGACCCCAGGGAGAGAAGGAGGAUUCCGGGACAGUCACGGAAUCGAGUCUGGAGGGGGCCGGACCUGGAGGGGGCCCACGGACAGCCCCAGGAACGGCGAGCCAGGCCACCGAAGCCGAAGAGACUAGGCCGGGCAAAAACCCCAAGGCCCCCAGCCCCCUCGAGGGCAGCCCAGAGUGCGUCCCCCGGAGCUCGAGGGCUUCUCGGGACCCCAGGCUGGCCCGGGACACAAGAAACAGCGAGGCGCGGCCGGAGGCUGAGUCGCAGGGCGCCGAGCCGGGAAGAGCCGAGGCCUCCGGGACUCGGCGCCUCCAGGUCGGAAAGGCGGUGGGGGAGGUGCAAGUGGCGGCAGGUGAGAGCGAAUCUGGGGCUGGAGCGGGAGACGGGCCCCGGGCCCCAGCGCCGCUGGCCGCCCUCGUGGCGCUCCGCCGGCUCCGCGCGAAAUCCCCGGCAGGCCCCGCUCCCCAGGCCGCCGCUUCGGCUCCCCGCCGCGCCGGCCUUAAAGAGCGGCUGCGGCGCGUGGCGCGCGCCCUGGGUCUGCUGCGGUGGCUUUGGCUGCGGCUGCGGCGGCCGGAGGGCGAGGGCCGGGGGGCGGGGUCGCGGGCGGCCGGGGGGCGGGGCCGCAGGCCGGGACCCAGGCGCCGUCUCGCGCUGCGCCUGGCGGGCGUAGCGAGACUGGGGGCGCGGCCCAGGCCUCCCCCUGGCGGCGGCUCGAGCUCCCCACAGCCUUCGAAGAGCCCAGCUCCCGAGGGCCCUUCUGAGGAUGAGGACCGGACUCCGGACCCCAAGUUCGCGGUCGUGUUCCCCAGGAUGCACAGGACCGGGAGGGAGUCGAGCAGUCGGAGCUCAGAGGAAGCGUCCGCGGACGCCCCAGCCCGGGGGGGACGCGUUUGGCCUUGUGAAGGGGCUUCGGGGGACAGGGAGGGGCGCAGGGCGAGUGGAGAAAGUGUGGCCGGCCCCCGCCGGGACUCUCUCCUCGGCUCUGCUCCCCGCGACGAGCCCCCACUGGACGAGAGCGGCUCCAGCAGUGAAGCGGGGCCGGAAACCUUGGAGGCCGAGGCUCCGGUCCACUGGACUCAGAGCUCAGAACCCCGCGAGGACCCCGGACUUGACACCGACGACGCGCUGCUGCCUCGACUCACCUUGGAGGCCCACCUGCGGUGGGAGAGAAGCCCGGGCCCCUGCGGGCCUCCGAGGGGGCGGUGGGUGCCAGGAGAUGAGGCUGAAGAGGCGCUGGAGAGGGACCUGGAGCUGAGCCUCGGGCCGGGCCUGGAGGUACCGCCCUCCCUGGGAGCGGAGGGCAGGAGCCUUGCGGAAGGCCUGGAAGACACGGACGACCUGGCUCGGCUGCGACCAGUGUGUAACAGCUCUGUGCUGCUGUGCCUCAAGAAGAGGUUUCACCUGGGCCGAAUCUACACAUUUGGGGGACCCUUUCUGCUCUCCCUGAACCCCCGCCGGCCCCUGCCUCUCUUCUCAGCUGAGGUCCUGGCCAGCUACCACCCCAAGAAGGCCCUUAACACCACCCCACACAUCUUCGCCAUCGUGGCGUCAGCCUAUCGCUUGUCUCAGAGCACUGGGCAGGGCACAUGCAUUCUCCUCAGUGGGCACAGUGGCUCAGGGAAGACAGAAGCUGCCAAAAAGAUUGUGCAAUUCCUAAGCAGUCUGGAGCAGGAGCAAACAAGGGACAGAAGAUGUCAGCUGGACGGUGUGCUGCUGAUGCUUCGCAGCUUUGGCCACGCCAAAACAGUCCUCAAUGCAAACGCCAGUCGCUUCGGCCAGGUCUUGCGUCUCUGCCUGCAGCGUGGGGUCAUCGUGGGAGCUUCUGUGUCACAUUAUCUGCUGGAGGCCUCGAGGGUGGUGUUUCAGGGCCAGGCCUGCAGGCUCCAGGGCAAGGAUGAUGCCCAGGACUUCGAAGGACUUCUGAAGGCCCUGCAGGUGCUGGUCACGCGCCCUGAGGAGCUGACCGCAGCCUGGGCCAUGCUGGCCGCCAUCCUGCAGCUGGGCAACGUCUGCUUCUCCUCUUCAGAGCGGGAGUCCCAGGAGGUGGCUGCUGUGUCCAGCUGGGCCGAGAUCCACACGGCAGCCCGGCUGCUGCUGGUGCCACCAGAGCGCCUGGAGGGGGCUGUCACCAGGAAGUUCACGGAGACAGCCUAUGGCUGGGUCUGCAGAUCUUUGCCGGUGGAAAGCGCCAUUGAUGCCAGGUGGCCCCAGGGGCGGGAGAGAGCCAUAGCCGGGCCCGGCUCGCUACUGCACUGGCUCACUCACCACGCCCACAGGGACGCCCUGGCCAAGGCCCUGUAUUCACGGCUUUUCACUUGGCUUCUGGGGAGGACCAACGCGCAGCUGGCACCACCCGGGGAGGGAGAGAGCAUGGACACCGUCACCGUCGUGGACGUCUAUGGCUUUGAGGCCCUGCGGGUGAAUGGCCUGGAACAGCUGUGCAAUAACCUUGCCAGCGAGCGCCUGCAGCUCUUCACCAGGCAGACGCUGCUGGCCCAGGAGGAGGAGGCCUGUCAGCGAGAGUUGCUGCCCUGGGUGCCCGUUCCCCAGCCUGUGAGGGAGACCUGCCUGGACCUCCUCGUAGACCAGCCCCACAGCCUCCUGAGUAUCCUGGAUGCCCAGACACGGCUGUCCCAGGCCACAGACCACACCUUCCUCCAGAAGUGCCACUAUCACCAUGGCAGUCACCCCUGCUAUGCCAAGCCCCAGCUGCCCCUUCCUAUCUUCACCGUGAGGCAUUACGCUGGGACCGUCACCUACCAGGUUCACAAGUUUGUGGACAGAAACCGGGAUCAUCCUGACCCUGCCGUGGUGGAAAUGCUUGCUCAGAGCCAGCUCCAGCUGGUGGGCAGCCUGUUCCAGGAAGCAGAGUCCCGGUCCGGGGAUGGGCGAGGCAAACCCACGCUGGCGUCUCGCUUCCAGCAUUCUCUGGAGGGCCUCCUAGCCCAGUUGGGCAGGAGCCAUGUCUAUUUCAUCCAGUGCCUCAACCCCGACCCGGGAAAGCUUCCGGGUCUCUUUGAUGUAGAACACGUAGCAGAGCAGCUGCUCCAGGCAGGCAUCCUGGAGGCAGUGUGUACCCGCAGCGCCAACUUUCCUGUGCGUGUGCCCUUCCAGGCUUUCUUGGCCAGGUUCCGGGCCCUGGGGACAGAGGGGCAGGGAGAGUCCUCAGACCGGGAGAGGUGUGGCGCCAUCCUGAGCCAGGUGCUGGGGGCUGAGUCGCCCCUCUGUCACCUGGGAGCCACCCAGGUCCUGCUGCGGGAGUCCGGCUGGCGGCAGCUGGAGUGGCACUGGGCCCGGCGACGCUCCCAGGCCCUGCUCGCCCUGCACCGCAGCCUGCGCGCCUGCAUCUCUCGCCAGCGCCUCCGCCUCCUCCUCCUGCCGCGGAUGCAGGCGCGCGUGCGAGGGCUCCAGGCCAGGAAGCGGUACCUCCGGCGGCGGGCGGCUCUGGGACAGCUGAACACCAUCCUGCUGGUGGCCCGUCCCCUGCUCUGGAGGUGGCAGAGACGGCAGCUCGGGCGUUGGCGUGGUUGGCACAGCAGGGGGACCUCCGAGAAAGCGCCAAGCAUGGAGCUGGGACGCUUGGAGAUCCCGGCUGAGCUGGCCGUCACGCUGAAGGCGGCAGAAGGCCGUCAACAUGUUUUGGCUGAUAGCAUCACGGAGUCGAUGCCCCCGGAAGUGCCUGUCCGGCCCAAGCUGACCCUCCCCCCCGACAUUGACCAGUUUCCGUUCUCCGGCUUCAUAUCCAUUAGCUUUCAGGAGCCAUCCCUGCCCCACCCUGGGCAGCCACUGACCAAGCCCCUGACCCGGCUGGUCGGGGAGGACCCUCAGCAUGCCCUGGAUAUCAACAAGGUGCUGCUGCGGCUCCUGGGGGACGGGUCCCUGCCCUCCUGGCAGGAGCAGACCAUGGGCGAAUACCUGGUGCGACAGGGGCAGCGCCGACCAGGGCUGCGGGACGAGAUCUUCAGCCAGCUCGUGGCCCAGAUCUGGCACAACCCGGACGAGCAGCAGAGCCAGCGCAGCUGGGCCCUCAUGGCCAUGCUGCUCAGCGCCUUUCCCCCAAUGCCCACCCUGCAGAAGCCGCUGCUCAAGUUUGUGUCCGACCAGGCCCCCACAGGCAUGGCAGCACUGUGCCAGCACAAGCUCCUGGGGGCCCUGGAGCAGACGCGGCUGGCGCCCGGGAUGGCACGCGCCCACCCGCCCACGCAGCUCGAGUGGACAGCCGGACGGCGGCGGGGCCGCAUGGCACUGGACGUCUUUACGUUCAAUGAGGAGUGCUACUCAGCCGAGGUGGAGUCCUGGACCACGGGGGAGCAGUUCGCUGGGUCUAUUCUGCAGAGCAGAGGCCUGGAGGUGCCCCCCCGUGGCUGGUCCGUGUCACUGCACUCCAGGGAUUCCUGGCAGGAUUUGGCGGGCUGUGACUUCGUGCUGGACCUCAUCGGCCAGACUGAGGACCUGGGGGACCCCGUCGGUCCUCGCAGCUACCCCAUUGCCCCCCGUGGCUUACCUGAGGACAUCCCCCCCGCCCCUGGCAUCCAGGCCCCCUCACUGCCCCCAGAUCCACCUCCGGGUCCGCCCCCAACACUGUCCAGCAGGAGCCACACAGCCGAGUCUCAGGUCUCAGGGAGUCUGGACGGCUUCCUGGACCACCUCUUCGAGCCGGUCCUCUCCCCAGGCCGCAGCGAUCUGGAGCAAGGCUGGGCUCUGAGCAGCCGCAUGAAGGGAGGGGGCGCCAUUGGGCCCAUGCAACAAGGCAGCUACCCCAUGGUUUACCCAGGGAUGAUGCAGAUGCCCGGAUACCAGCCGGCCAUGAUGCCUGCAGCCAUGCCCAUGAUGCCGGCGGUGGGCGCAGUCCCUGCCAUGCCCGCCGUGGUGGUGCCGCAGCAGCCGCAGCCGCAGCCCCUGCUUCCCGGUGUGGACCCGAGGCAGCUGGCGGCCCAGCAGCAGAACUUCAUCAACCAGCAGGCGCUGAUCCUGGCCCAGCAGAUGACCACCCAGGCCAUGACCCUGUCGCUGGAGCAGCGGACGCAUCAGCGUCAGCGCCAGGCAGAGGCCCAGACCCGUGGAGCUGCUGCCCCGACCUCACCCCCAGCCGUCACCCCCAAGCCCAAGAAGCCCCUGGUUCCACGGGAGGAGCCGGAGCAGGAGCUGGAAUCGGAGAUCUCCCAGGAGCCCCGAGACAAGCCCCGGAGGCCCAAGAGCUUCCAGCAGAAACAGGACUUUUUCCAGAAACUGGGGCAGCAGCAGAUCAAGGUGAAGACGGUGAAGCCGCCGGCCAAGAUACAGAUCCCCCAGGAGGAGGAGCGGGACGAGGAGGAGGACGAGGAGGAGCCCAGAGCAGUGCCAUCCCCUCCUCCUCCCCCUAUAGUGAAGAAGCCACUGGCACGAGGGGGGGCCAAAGCCGCACGAGAGGCUGAGGCUGAGCCGGCCCAGGAGGCGGGGCCUGGUGCUGAUCCGGAGCCCGCACAGGACAGAGACCUGGUCCGCAGCUCGGACCCCGCGCCCCGACGGCGGGCAGAGCCCAGCAGGGAGAUCCGCAACAUCAUCCGCAUGUACCAGAGCCGCCCGGGCCCUGUUCCUGUGCCAGUGCAGCCAUCCAGGAGGCCCCCAACGUCUUUCAUGAAGAAAAACAACCCCAAGGAUGAGGCUCUGGCUAAGUUGGGGAUCAGUGGUGCCCACACAUCCACAUCGGUGCUGUCCCCCAGCCCAAAGAAGGGCCCCCCGCCACCUGUGGCCCCUCGACCCAAGGUCCCAACACAGCUUGGGCCCUCCAACUCCAUCAAGGAGGACCAGGGUCUGUUUGGCCAGACUCCGCCCACUGCCGAUGCACCCCCACCUCCUCCAGCGCCCCCACUGCCUGGGGAACCAGGGACCCUUUCAGCGGAGCCCCGUGGCUUGAUGGAGCCCAUGGGGGACCAGGGGGUCUCCACCCAGCUGCUCGUGCCCUCUGGCAGCGUGUGUUUCUCCUACGUCGGUGCGCCCUGGAGGCUGUUCCUACGCAAGGAGGUGUUCUACCCCCGGGAAAACUUCAGCCAUCCCUACUGCCUCCGGCUCCUCUGUGAGCAGAUCCUGAGGGACACCUUUGCUGAGUCCUGCAUCCGGAUCUCCCAGGAUGAGCGGCACAAAAUGAGAGAGCUACUGGGAGACCUGGAGGUGGGCCUAGAUUCGCUCAGUACCACCGAGGACAACGUCAAGAAGCGCAUCGUGGUGGCCGCUCGGGACAACUGGGCCAAUUAUUUCUCCCGAAUCUUCCCUGUCUCGGGUGAAAGUAGCAAUGACGUGCAGCUGCUGGGCGUGUCCCACCGGGGGCUGAGGCUGCUCAAGGUGACCCAAGGCCCCGGCGUCCACCUCAACCAGCUGAAGACUCUCUGCUCAUACAGCUUUGCCGAGGUGCUGGGCGUGGAGUGCCUGGGCAGCUCCACUCUGGAGCUGUCACUAAAGGCUGAGCAGCUGGUGUUGCACACGGCCCGGGCAGGUGCCAUCAAGGCCACGAUCGAGCUGUUCCUGAGUGAGCUCAAGAAGGACUCUGGCUAUGUCAUCGCCCUGCGAAGCUACAUCACCGAUGACCACAGCCUCCUCAGCUUCCACCGUGGGGACCUCAUCAAGCUGCUGCCAGUGGCCGCUCUGGAGCCCGGCUGGCAGUUCGGCUCCACCGGGGGCCGUUCUGGACUCUUUCCCGCCAACAUGGUUCAGCCAGCUGCUGCUCCAGACUUUUCCUUUUCGCCGGAGAGGAGCGGCCGGCACAUGAGUCAGCUGCAGCACGGAGAGCCGGGGCUGGCUCGGUGGGAGAGGGCCACGGAGCGCCAUGCCCACCCCCGGAGCCGGACACACAGUGACAACUCCGAGGCCACCAGCUCGACCCACUCUGCGGCCUACCUCUCUCUGUCCACGGAAUCCCACAACUACACCAUGCAGGAAUUUGCCCUGAACCACUUCCGGAAGCCUCAGACCUUGCUGGACCAGACACAUGGAGAUGCUAAGAAGGCCAUGGCCAGCCUGGUGCAAUACACCAAGGCUCCCAUACAAGAAUCGCUCAUCAGCCUCAGUGAUGAGGAUGCCAACAGGCAGGCUGUGGAAAGCUUCCAGGUUCUGAUGCAGUUCAUGCAGGACCAGCCCAAGCCCCGGGGCAAGAAUGAGUCGGAGCUCCUUUACGAGCUGCUGAGGCUGUGUCGGGAGGAGAACCUCAGGGAUGAGAUUUACUGCCAAGUCAUCAAACAGGUCACAGGACACCCUCAGCAGGAACACUGUGCUCGUGGCUGGAGCUUCCUCAGCCUCCUCGCAGGCUUCUUCCCCCCGUCAACCACGCUGAUGCCCUAUGUGACCAAGUUUCUGCAGGACUCAGGCCCAAGCCAAGAGCUGGCCCAGAAAAGCCAGGAGCACCUCCAGCACACAGUCAAAUAUGGGGGGCGCCGGCGGCUGCCCUCUCCGGGUGAAAUUCAGGCUUUCCUGAAAGGGCAAGCAGUCCGCCCGCUUCUCAUUCACUUGCCAGGGGGUCUGGAUUACAAAACCAGUAUCCAGACUUUCACGGUGGCAGCAGAAGUGCUGGAGGAGCUGUGCCGGCAGAUGGGCAUCACUGACCCCCAGGAAAUGCAGGAAUUUGCCCUCUUCCUCAUCAAAAAGGAAGGCGAGCUGGUGAGGCCCCUGUGGCCCCACGAGUACCUCAACAGCGUGUUGGAUCAGGACGUGAGCCUACACAGCCGGCGGCUCAGCUGGGAGACCCAGCUGCACUUCGAUCACCCCACCUACAUCACCACCCACUACAAGCAGGUGCUGCGGGACUAUCUCCAGGGGAAGCUGUUGGUCAGUCCCCAGGCAAACGCCCAACUGGCCAGGCUGGCCGCCCUGCAGCACCGCAGCCAGACCCAAGAGGACCGGCUGUCAGAGCAAGACCUGUUGGCUUACUUGCCAAAGCCGCUGCAACGGUUGGUGAGCACGUCAACCAUAAAGAACCUGGUGGAACAGGAGUUGAGGUGGAUGCAAGCAUGCAGCUCCCAAGAAGCACAGAUCAGCUUCAUUGAGGCUGUGAGCCAGCUGCCCCUCUUUGGCUACACCGUCUAUGUGGUGUUGCGGGUCAGUCAGCUGGCCCUGCCCGGACCCAGCCUCCUGGGACUCAACCGCCAGCACCUCAUCCUCAUGGACCCCAGCUCCCAGAAACUGUACUGCUCCGUCGCCCUGAAGGACCUGCAGAGACUCCACCUGCUGAGCCCCCUGGAGAGCGAUGGGCCCCCUGGCCUGGAACUCAACUACGGCUCUGCCGACAACCCCCAGACCAUCUGGUUUGAGCUGGUGAAGGCCCAGGAGCUGAAGCACACCAUCGCCUUCCUGAAGGACAGCGGCACUGCUUCCAACUAACGGCUGGC